AACGACAUGACCGACGAAAACAAACCAGAGGCAUCACCAACCUCCCCUGCCAUCAGACCAUCCCCCCCUCCUGUGCCAGGAUAUCCCGGUCGUCCUGGUUGGACGCCCACACAAUCUCAACCAUUCCCUCUUAUCGAUGCCGACCCGCAUUUCAGUCGCGUUGUCCGGUUUUUGCGGCCCUCAGACCUCAUGUGGGCAGGUGUGUUCACCGCUUCGGCUCCCGUGAUUAUUUGGCACUCGGAAUGGGUCGACACGCCUGCGGGAAGGAUGAAGCCAUUGCGGGCGUUACGAGGUCCAUUAGUCCUCGCAACAAUCUGUGGAGCGACUGCUGGGUUUUUUUACGCAUACAUGGCCUCAUCAAAGCGUUUCUGGGGAUGGACUGAGAACAUGAGGGAAGUACAGAAGGAUUGGACAGAAAUGACCCAACGUGUCAAGGAGGGAAAGUCGCUGUACGGCUACACAGACAUGAGCGACUUCAUGCAGGGCGUUUCUGCACGUAAUUCAAGGUACUCUCAGCUUAAACUCGCGGUUCUACCUUGGUUCAACUUCUCAAACCACAAAUAUCAUGGGGUGGACCCGGCCAUGUACGGAGAGGGCGCGCGGGCUGUCGACCAACCGAAAGAGACUACGUUGUGAGCACUGUAAAAUCGUAUUUCAACCAAAAUGCAAUAUUUCUUUCCUCUUCC